GUUCAACCUAUGAUUUUCGUGCAAUUGUUCUCCCCAAAUCUCUCUUCCCGUUCUCUCUUUAUUUUUUUCCCCCUCCUGUCCCCCUCCGCCCUCUGUUUCUCUCUCCUCACUCCCGAUUGGAAGAUGAGCGGCGGGGCAGCUAGGGUUUCGAUCCCGGCGUCGGUGAAGAAGACGAUCCAGAGCAUCAAGGAGGUCGUUGAGAAGCAUGACGACUACGAGAUCUACGCCAUGCUCAAGGAGUGCGCCAUGGAUCGCGACGAGGCCGUUCACAGGCUCCUCCUCCUAGGUCAAUUCCAUGAGGUUAAAAGGAAGCGAGACAAGAAAAAGGAGAUUGAUUUGUGGAGCUUCAUGGCUAUUUGAUGGAAGAGAAGUGCUGCAACAAUGUUUGAUUUGAGAAAACAGGGAAAGUAAGAGGAAAGGAAAAAAGAGGAUAAAAAAAAUGUAGGAGAAGAAUGGAUGUUGGAUGCACUCUGUUGUGUGACAUCAACCUUGUACAGAGAAAAUCUAGGCAGAGAGCUAAGAGAGCAAUAAAGAUACAGCUGAUACUAGAUGGAGGACAGGGGGGCAGGGUCGAGGAAGGGGUCGGGGAAAUUUUUCUCCACGUUAUAUGGAACAUGCUCGGGCAGGUGUGGUUGCUGAAAAGAGUACAAUUUCCCCAAAAGAGAACGGAAUAGAUCAGAGCAGAAAUAAAGGCCAUUUAUCUUAUCCAUCCAUCAGUCCUGACUCUGAGAACAAAUCAAGCUCUUCAGCUACCCUGGUGAAUGGUCCCAGCAGUGUUAUUGUUUCAGUCAAAGAACAUGGUGCCUCUAAUGGUAAUAAAACAGGCCCCAUCCCAUCAGACCUAGUUGUAUCAACGAGAAAAUCAGACUCGUCUGUAUCAGGAGUGUGUGCUUCGGCUUCUGACCCAGUUCUGGUGCCGUCUGUUAAUGUAUGCAGCCCUAAUAAAGCUGGCACUAUCAAACGUGUCGUAGGAAGUCAGAGAACUGUUGGUGAGAUAUCCUUUAACAAGGUUGCUUCUCAUGAUAAAUCCGAAACUGAAUUGUCAUCUGUUAGUGGUAAAGGUAUGUCUCAAACUGCUGCUGCAUCUUCUCAUGGUCGUCCCAGUAGUAGACCGUCUUCAAGUCAAUCACAGAAAUUAAGUGGUUCACAGAAAGGUGCUGGUACAAACAAAGAGUGGAAGCCAAAAUCAACAAAUGCAAUUCCUGCUCAAGUGCCUGGGAUUUCCGGUACUUCUGAUGUUAGAUCUAUUCCUGCUGAUGCUGUUACUCUAUCACUGCCUGCAUCAAAUUCGAUGCCUACGGAGGAAACUAAUUUGAAUGUGGAGGAAAAGCUCAAUUACUUAAAGUUAUUGGACAGGCAACAUGUUAUCAUUCCAAACCACCUGCAGGUCCCAGAAUCUGAAAAAUAUGUACUCAGUUUUGGGAGCUUUGAUGUUAGUUUUGAAGAAGCUGUGGGUUUUGUGAAUGGUCUAGCGAGUGUUAGGAACUCUACACCAUCUGGCUCUGAUUCGUCUCAGGAGGUUGAGCAAUGUGUGGAGGAGCCUUCUUCAAGCAUUCCUAACGGAUCCUCAACUAUCGAAGGAGCUGUGGAUUUGGAGCAUCAACAGUCACCCAAACAAAUAUCAGAAAACUUACCAUUGAGGGAUUCAGAGAGGCCCAACAUUUCUGAGAAGGCAGAAGAGAAUCAUUCCAGAGAAGACACUGCCUUGGCUCCGGAGGUCCCACAACAGUCUGUUGUUCAAAUUACACCAUCUUAUUCUAACUUUGGAUUGGUACCUCCUGUGCUUGGAAAUCAGUUGGCUGCCUUUGAAGGUUCAGAGGCACAGGCACAUGACACCAGCCGCUUAGUGGUUCAGCAACCAUUCGAUAUGCCCCCAAGUUAUUAUACCCAUUCUUAUCAGCCCACUGCCGGUACUGGCGGUCGAUUCUCUCCUUUUGUUGUGCCUGGUGCUGCAACUAAGUACGGUGAUAAUAUUUCAGUCCUACCUACUCAGACCAGUCAGCCUACUCAAGAGAAUGGAAACUCGGUGGUCCUUCCUUCAUCUGCGUCAACUCCUCCUCCCACCCAAGCUACAGGCCUGGUACAAAGUUCCAUUCCUAUUCCACCACAACCACUCCCUGUCUUUCGCCAACCUGCUGGUGUACAUAUGCCACACUAUCCCACCAACUACAUUUCAAACAGUCAGUACUUUUCCCCCUGGUUCUAUCUUCCUCCACCUACCCUUCACCAUUUCUUGAGUAAUGGCGCCGCAUUCCCUCAACAACCUCCAAGCGGGAGCUUAUAUGCACCUGGUGUUGCUACUCCUGCUACUGGUGUCAAAUACUCUGUGUCUCAGUACAACAAACCUGUUUCUAAUGUUGGUAAUCCGACCCAUAUUGGGGUGCCUGCUGGCUAUGGGACGUAUAGUAUGAACCCAGGAGGUUAUAAUACUAGUUCUGCUCCGGCCAGUGGAAGCUCAGUUGGAAAUGAUGAUCUCAGUGCAUCAAAUAUCAAGGAUAAUAAUAAUGGUUAUAUUACCGCACAGCAGGCUAGUUCCUUCUUCGGCCUCGCUCCCCAGGGACAAGCUGUGGCUUUUGCACCAGCACAAGCCGGUCUUGGUGCUUUCGCUGGAAUCUACCACCCGACUCAGACCGUUCAUCCUCUAUUGCAACAGCCUCAGACUGUAGGUGGAGCUGUUGAAAUGGUGGGCCCCCCUUCUGCUGUUUAUCAACAGCCACAACGUUCGCAGAUUAACUGGGCCAAUAAUUACUGAGAAAAGAAAUUUAGCAAAAGAUACCUAAUUUUGCCAGUGACAUUUAUCGGCUAGUUCUUUGGCUUCUUCAGAUCUCGGAAGAUAUUCAUAAUGCAGCAUAUAGAGAGGUGGCCUGAUCGAAAGGGUGUAUAUAACUUUAUUUACAUAUUAAAGGCCCAAAUUGCGGGAAAAAGGUUUGGGAUUUUCCAAAUUGAAAUAGGUCGAUCCACUGACUACUAUUUCUAGGGACCAUUUUUAAGUUAGUAAAGAGAUCUUCGUCGGGAUCCUUUUUAUUUGCUUAUUUCCGCUCUUGUUGUCACUUCCUCUCUCUUCGAAAGUUCUGUGGGUGGUGAAGUGCGGUUUUUCUCUUUCUUUGUCCAUUCUUACGAGUUUACUUGUGGGGAAACUUAUGCUAGGUAAGAAAUUUAAGCCUCAAGUGGGAUUUUCAUUCUUUCGACUCUCUUACCUGUAAAAGUAAAUUUUGAUUCAGUACGACGAUGUACCAAAACCAAACUGUUGUACCUGGUGUAAUGGAAAUAGCAACACAUUCACUUAAUUCUCAUGUUCUUAA